GCGGGGUAAAGCAAUUGUGGCGGUGGGGUGAGGGCUGCAAGUGAGAUAGGAAGAGGCGGAUGCAGCUGUACCGUGUGAUGUAUAAAGAGGAUGCGGAUCAUCGGCCCUUCAUUGCCACCUUCCUCCCGUCAGCACGUUCUCACCCCAGUAGAUCCUACCCUAGUCGGCAUAUUUUUCAUCGCGACGUCCUCCUCGUCGCGUGUUCCGUCUAGACCUCCUUACUCGCCCGCUGUCUGCGACACCUCCUCCCCUUCGCCCCGUCUACACUACCCGCCGCCCCGUAUAUACCGCGCACCAUGCUGCUUCGUCACCUUCGUGAAGUGCCCUCCGAGUCGCGAUCCUGGAUCCGACUCUGGUGGCCAGUAUGGACCAUCGGUGCUCUGGGUAUCUCUCGCGGUCUCGACGAGGGAAUCAUCUCCGGUGUCAUUACCCAAGCCAGCUUCAAGAAGAGCUUCUCCUUCGAGGCCGACUCGUCUGUUGAGAACAACAUCGCAUCUAUGCUCCAGGCUGGUUCCAUCGUCGGCUCCGUCCUUGCCUUUGCCGUCUCUGACAUCCUCGGUCGACGCAGGACUGCCCAACUUGCCUGUCUCCUCUGGAUCAUGGGAACCAUCAUCUGGUUCACUUCCGUCCACGGACAGGAGGGCGAUGGCAACCUGAGCCAACUCCUUGCUGGUCGUUUCCUCGCUGGUCUCGGUGUUGGUUGCACCCCCGUCGUUGCCCCCACCUACCUUGCCGAAAUUGCCCCCCGAGCCAUCCGAGGUCUCUGCGUCUGUGUCUUCUCUGGAUCUGUCUACAUCGGUAUCCUCCUCGGCUACUGGGUCAACUACGGUACUGCCAAGAACAUCUCCAGCGCCUCUAGCUUGCAGUGGCAGGUCCCCGCAGCCCUCAACUACAUCUUUGCCGGUCUCAUCUUCAUCAAUAGCUUCUUCAUUCCCGAGUCUCCUCGCUGGCUUCUCAAGGUCGGCCGUGAGGAGGAAGCACGCAAGUCGCUCAACUGGCUGCGAAACCGUGGUGACGAAAACGCCAUUGUCAACCAGGAGUUCGGCCAGAUGGCAGACACACUCGACGAGGAGCGCAUUGCUCGUGGCAACCGUGCCUGGUACCACGUCUUCCCUCAGCUGAUCAACAACCGUCGAAACUUGCACGUCCUGUUGAUCGGAAUCGGAAUCCAGCUCUUCGGACAAUUCUCCGGCGGUGGUUCCAUGACCGUCUUUGCUCCCAAGCUCUUCGGCUUCGUCGGUAUCAAGGGUGCUCAGACCAAGCUCUUCACCACUGGUGUCUUCGGUAUCGUCAAGCUCGUCUCGUCGCUCGCGGCUGCCUUCUUCCUCGUCGACUUGCUGGGUAGGAAGACUGCCGUUAUGGCCGGUCUCACCAUCCAAGCCAUCUCUUGCCUCUACCUCGCCAUCUACCUCAAGUACCACUACAACACAAACACCACUACCGAGACCAGCGCGCAGAAGAUGAUGGCCGAUGUCGGAAUCUUCUUCAUCUUCCUCUCGGGAGUAGCCUGGGCCAUUGGAGUCAACUCUGUCCAGUACCUCUCCCAGACGGAGAUGUUCGCCCUCGACGUGCGAUCACUUGGAGUCGCCACCAUUUCCGUUAUCCACUUCGCCUGCCAGUACGGGUCAUCGCGAUCAGUCAACCCUAUCAUCAACUCGGGUGGACCUUACGUCCUCUUCGUCUUCUUCUUCAUCAUGUCGGUCGCUGCGUUGGCCUUCGUCCUAUUCGCCAUGCCUGAAGUAAGCGGAAUGCCCCUGGAGCGAGUUAAAGAUCUCUUUGAUAACAAGAAGUGGUAUUUGGUCGGUAUCACCCAAAAUCGACCCCUCAAGGGCGCCGACCGCGUCGCCAGCAACGAAGAGGAGGGCCUGCCUCAGCUUGGCAAGGCCAACGAGAUGCGCGAGGGCUACGCUGGUUCCGACGAGGACAAGAGCGCCAAGAAGGAGGACAGUGGCAUCACCACUACCACCAAGGAUGCCUGAUUUCUUCCACUGCGGAAGAGGUAGAAAGUGGAAGUGAGGCAGAGCGACGCAUCUGGCGGAGCGGAAUGCGCUCCCGCAUAGUGUCGUUCCUCCGCACUUUACUUCCGCACCCCCUUGCAUUGUUUUGAUUGUCAUUUGCUAGCUUUGCUCUGCUGUCGCGUAUUGUAUUGUCACCAUACUCUUACUUAGCUUGAAUACG